UGCAUAUAUAAUUAACGCAUAAAUUGUAAUAAUGCAACAUCUAUAUGUGCCAAGUUCAACAAGAGUUCUUUAAUCUCUCAUUAUGAGCAACCACCUGAACAAUACCAGACAGCUUUCACGAUAUCCCAGCAACGCCUAUGCAAGGUACAUCAACGGCAGUCGGGUCAAUUUCGACUUCAUAUCUCCACCGUCGCCCCCCUUUCCUCCUACCUUGAAUGAAAGAGUUGAUGUUGAUCCAUGGUUAUGGUCACUCUCGGAAAGAAAUUUGACUUUACCUUCGUCCAUCAUAAGUUUCCCACGACCUCGUAUGCAACUUGUAGUGUUCCGCAACAAUGUGGCAAACAACACUAACAUGCGGUCAAGACCAAUGGAACAAUCUCGGCAACAACAUUCUGAGUUAACUCCGAAUGUGCAAAGGAAAGCUUUGAUGAAACUUAGGAAAGAGAUUUUUAAUCCAACUCCAAAAAAGAUUAUACAAAGGUUAGGUAAGUUUUAUAGACAAAAAGAUGCUACAAAAGCGUACGUGGAAGACGAUAACGACGAUGAUGACAAAAAGUGUGUUAUUUGCUUAGAAGACUUUGAACCAAAAGAAGUGGUGAUGGUGACACCAUGUAAUCAUACGUUUCAUGAGGAUUGCAUCUUACCUUGGGUCAAAAGCAAUGGCAAAUGUCCGGUUUGUAGGUUCUCGCUUUGUGGAAGUGACGAAGAGAGCGGAGCAUCAUCGACAAACAAUGAUAACAUGGUCAAUAAUCGGUUACCUAAUGACUUGGUUUCUUUUGUAACAUCAAGGGGUGGGUCUGCCACUAUUGAACCCUUAUGGUUUUGAUGGUGGUCUUGAGGUUCAUGCGCCUAAGUGGACAAAAAGUAUGAAACCCAGUUCUAUAAACAAAAUAGUUAUUUGUAGUAUGUUAGCGGUGGCAUAAACUGAAAGAAAGUAUGGGGAGAAAAGAAAGUUUAUCUUUCCAAUUUAGAAAGAAACAAAACUUUUCCAUUCU